ACAAUAUGAUAGAGAAGAUGAUAAUAAAAAAGAUUUUAACCAAUUCAAGUAUAGACUUGAUUAUAUAAUCAGAUUUGAUAGAAAAUGGAAUGAUGAUCCUAAUAAAAGAACCAUACAAAUUAUAUUCGAAAAAAGAGAUAAAUGUAAAUUUAAAAAUAUGUUAUGGGAUAUAAAAUAUCGUAAUGGUGAAAAUUCUAUUGAAGAAAUAAUAGAAAAAUCUAAAAAAAUAAAUAAGGGAAUUGAGAAAGAAGAAAUUAUUAUUAGUGAUACUGUUUAG